CGACGGGCCAGGGGGGUGUUGCUGCACCGGGACCGCUCAGAGAUGGCCCUUGGAAGAGGACUUGGCGCUGAGGAGCGGGACCAAGAGACUGCGAGUCCCAGCGUGCCCAGCAGCGCGGCGGGCCGGCUGGCAGCAUGGAAGCGUCCCGGCUGUUCCCGGGAUACCGCGGUAAACAAAGCGGGCUGGCGCCGCACGGUUCUCUAGCUGUGCAGCCGAUGGUGAAAAUAGCCACAGGGGUGUGGUACUGGAAGGAAGAUACCCAAACACUUGAAUUUGCAAGCUCCACCCCUGCCACAGAAGUUAAAGAGAAACUCCAGAAGUGCAAAGCCAUCCAUUUUCAGGAAAUGGGUAGUAAAACCGUGGACAGAUCGACUCAUGGUAUGUUUCAAGAAUUGUUUGGUAUACAGUUCCCUGAGAAAAGAACUAGUAUCCGAGAAGAGAAAUCCCCUAAGCUGUCAAAACGGGGACAAAACGAGUAUAUUACAUUGGAUGAUGUUAAAUAUGUUGCUUUGUUUCUGGUACAAGAAGAUGAAUCGUAUCAUAUACCAUCUUUCACAUCAAUAAUGAGGAGUAAGCAAUUGGAUGAGUUCCUCAUGGCUCUUCUUUUCUACUUGUCACAUUAUCUGGAAAAAAUUGCAUUGGAAAAGAAACCCAAAGCUUUUAUGGUAACCCCCAGUGUGUUGGACCAAAAAGAACGGGAGGAGACGUUGGCUAAGCUAGAAGGAACCAAGAAACAUCUCGCCAAGGUGUACUGCAUCCUUAUUCUUGGACUAGGAAUGGCUGAGCAUCAUCACAUGGCUUGUGGAAAGAGAAAAACAUCAUCAACACAGAAGGACCGAGAGUUCUUUGAGUGUUUCUACAACUUCUGCACAUACGUGGCAUGGGUGGUGUUCAGACGGAAGAACUUCCAAGAGAUUCAGGAAGAAGUGGGCAGGCUUCUUCGCUCUGACAUAUUUAACCCUGCGUUGAGGGAAAAGAGCUCCAGCAUGCAGAAAACAGAUUUCUCUGCUGAUCAGAGUAUUUAUGCCAGACGUCCAGCCAUAAAGAGUGUGGUUGGCCAGCGCUCACCCGUGCUCAGUACGCUACUGCCCCUGCCCAAAGACAACGCUCAGUAUCUCUUCCAGAACCAUUACCUGCAUCGGGGCAGAACCCUUCCAAUCCGCAGCCACGACGACCUGCCAGACUACUCAACUGUUGAUCUUUUACCCAAGGUUGGCAUCAUUGGAGCCCUUCGCAGCAAGUUCAAUCCCCACACUCUCAUGCCUAUUGGGGUGAUGGAGGAAGAGGAGGAGGAAGAGGAGCAACAAAGAACAAAGAGAAACAGUCUCUCAGCCAGUUCAUUUGACCUGGCUUCAUCAUCCAGCAGAGGCACCCAACUUGGAACCAGUCACCAUAGUGUGGUACUCUCGAAAGCAACUACAGAGGGGGUCUACUCUGAGAACGGUUAACAGAAGUGGUACCCUCUAGCAUGGGAUUGGGGGUAAUUCUAGCACCUGUUAAAUAAACCACUUUGAAGCUUCAUUUGUAAGAGCAGAAAUGAUUUGUGAUAGGUAGUACAGCCUAGUGAAUAGGGCACUGGACUGCAAUUUAGGAAACUGAGGUUCUAUUCCCAGCUCAGCCACUGACUUGCUGGGUGACCUUGGAUGAGUUAUUUCCCUGUCCUAUUUGUUACCUCAGUUUCCCCAUCUGUAAAAUGGGGGUAAUGAAACUGACACCACCCCCUUCUAUAAAGCAUUUGAAAUCUAUGUCCGUAAAAGCUAGGUAGGAUUAUUAUUUAUUCCUUAAAGAUUUCCAUUGCAAGAAGAUUUCUAGAAGGAUUAAAAGUCCUGAAAAUGAUGGCUUUACAGGAAUUUCCUCUGACAUGUUUAGUAUAUUGUGUUUACUCAUUUUUUAUUCCUGUAAUGUUUCACUGGACUUUGCACACCAGCCUCUCUGAAGACUACUGCAAGACAAAUGUUGAUAAAAUUAUAGUAGCAAUGAAUCCCACUAUUUAAAAAUAUAGGGCAGAUCUUCAGGUGUUGUAAAUCACUGUUGCUCCACUGAAAUCAAACAGUUAUGCUGAUUUACUCCAGAGGAGGAGCUAGCCUGCAGGACGCUGUUUUAUAGGCCAACCAUUGUAAUCAGAAAUUACAAGGAUAGACCUAUAAAACUGUGUGUAUUCCAUGCCCAGUACCAUUAGCAGAAAACCAUGGUGAAAUCCUGUAUGUAAAACAUUACCUUAAUGCUUAAGAAUCAUUAAAAAAGGGAUAGAGAAUAAUAGAGAAAAUCUUAUUGCUGCUAUAUAAAUCCAUGA